GUACCAUCUCUGGUAUUUAAUUUGGGAAAACAAAACGGUAGAAAUCACGACAGUCACAUCUACAGUUUUGAGUAUGGCUAGAAAAAUACUAGUCAGCUGUGUACAGAAAUGGAGAAAGGAAGCUGUUAGCUUUGUUUUAAAUCUCACAAGACGUACUAUCAAAAGGACUUUACUCUUCUAACGAAAUUUCUGUUCAUGACUGCAGUGUCUGAUUGUGAACAACUAAGAAAGAGACCGAGGUUGGAAACUAACACCAGCAACACCUUUACUACAAGCACAACAAAGGGAUCCAAGCUGCUGUCAAACACAAGGGUGGCACAGCAAGAGAUUAGCUUGGACAGCAUAGUAUCUUGCAUUCCUAAUUCAAGCAAAGAUAACAAACUCAAAACUGCUGAUGCUUGUUGUGGCAGAAGGAAAGAACUGAAAAUGGACACUGCAACAAAUAUGAGCUCUAACAAAGAACUAGAAAUGGGUGAGUCUAGAAAAGAUCUUAUGUUGGAUACUGCUUUUGGGAAGGAAAAGAUUCAGCAGAGAGAUCCAGUCAGAGAAAAUAAUUUGGGCAUGUCUAAAAAUGAAGAUCUUGAAGGCGUAGACAAAUCAGUAGAGUUAGAGGCAAUGGACGUUUCAACAAGCACCACAUUGGAGGUGUCUGGUACAACGGCACAUGGAUUAGAUAGUUCUGUCCAGAGAACAAAAGCUGACAAUCAGAGAAAUUUUACUUGUGAAAAAAGACCUAAGAUCCCAUGCACCAUUGACACAUGGCUAGAAAAGCCUAGAAAAGUGUGUCCAAUAAAGAUGGCAGGGAGUAACCUGAAUAUAGAUUCUACUUCAGAUCAGGGAGGUCAAGCAGUUAGUAAGAGUCUCCAAAUAGAUGAAGAAGAUGUGGAAAUGAUGACUCCUGAGAGCCCUCCUGGCAACCCUGUGCUGUGUGAAGAUAACCUGAGUCAGGCUGAAAAACAAGGCAGCCAUUAUAGAGCUUCUGAAGAAUCCCCAGCUGUUGGAGAUGAGAUCUCCAGCAAGCAGAACUCUGACCCCAAGCUUGUGCUCACCACCAAAGAGGACGCUGUUGAAGAACCCACUGUGACCAAAAAUUCCAUAUUGGCUGAGGGGAAAGGGGAAAGCAGAGAGGAUGGAAAGACAGCAGCAGUGAACUCUAAUAAGCCUGAGAAGACAGGAAGUCAACCUGGUCCCUCAUCCUCAUGUGCUGCAAAGUCUUCUGGAAAAAGGGAAUCAAAAAUUACUGAUUUUUUCCAACAAAAGCAAGCAGAAACACCACCGACCUGUGAGAAGGCUCAAUGUGAAUUUAAAGACAGAAAACGUAGCAGGACACCACCUAACAGAGGGCCAACUCCUCCCGAGGCAAAGUGGCUGGGGACGCCCAUUGAUGAACUGAGGAGGAUGCCAAUGUGUGGCAGCGCACUACCACACUUGAAAGCAACACCGUGUCAUUUAGUGAUGAUAAGGACUGACCUACUCCGAGAAGGAGAGGUCCCUGUUCCUUAUCCCACCAAGUACAAGGACAUCUGGGAUGAUGCCUAUGUGAAGAUGCCUUGUUCAGAUAGGAAUCUUUUCCCAGUGGAAAAUGAAGAAGGAAGUGCUGUGGUGCAAAGUCGAUGGGAGCUGAUUCAAAACUCUCUGCAAAGCAGGUUCAACAGUUCCCUGGAUGUGACGGAUGCAAUAUUGAGAUACAAUGUCAGAUAUGCAAAGAAGUGGGAUUUCACUGCUCUUAAUUUGCUUUGCACAGAGGUUCUUGGUUAUGAUGAAGUUGAACAUCUGUUUGGAUCUAUUCUGCCUAAAAUGGUGCAAUUAGCUGUCAGACUGCCAAAGCUGUGCACCCAGCCGAUACCGCUGCUUAAGAUGAAGAUGAAUCGCUCCAUCACAUUGUCACAAGAACAAAUAGCCUCCCUCCUGGCUAAUGCCUUCUUCUGCACAUUCCCACGCCGCAACGCCAGAAAAUCUGAGUAUUCAAAUUAUCCAGACAUCAAUUUCCACAGAUUAUUUGAAGGAUCAUCACCAAGGAAGAUUGAAAAGCUCAAGACUCUUCUGUGCUAUUUUAGAAGAGUCACAGAAAAAAAACCUACAGGCCUGGUUACAUUUACAAGGCAAAGUUUGUCCACCUUUCCAGAUUGGCAAAACUCUAAAAAUCAACUUACCAGGCUUCACAUCACAUGUGAAGGUACUAUUGAGGAUCAGGGAUGUGGGAUGCUUCAGGUGGACUUUGCGAACCGAUUUGUUGGCGGUGGCGUCACAGGGUUGGGUCUGGUACAAGAAGAGAUCCGAUUCCUCAUUAACCCAGAACUCAUCGUCUCCCGGCUUUUCACUGAAGCACUGGAACAGAACGAAAGCCUUAUUAUCACAGGUGUGGAACGCUUUAGCAAUUACAGUGGCUAUGCAGAAUCCUAUAGAUGGUCUGGAAACCACAAUGAUGAGACAGCGAGGGAUGACUGGCAGAGAAUAUGCACCGAGAUUGUUGCUAUAGAUGCCAUAAAAUAUAGACGUUUCCUUGAACAAUUUACUCCAGAGAAAAUUAGGAGGGAACUCAAUAAGGCUUUCUGUGGAUUUGCUCGCCCUGGCGUUGAAAGUAGAAACCUGUCUGCUGUGGCUACUGGAAACUGGGGCUGUGGAGCCUUUGGAGGAGACACUCGGUUAAAAGCUCUGCUGCAGAUGAUGGCUGCUGCUGAGGCUGGGCGAGAUGUGGCGUAUUUCACCUUCGGCGACAGGGAGCUCAUGAGGGACGUCCAUGAGAUGCACACGUUCCUGACUCAGAGACAUGUAACUGUUGGCGAUAUAUACAGACUGCUAGAACAAUACUACAGUAAUGUGUGCAGAAACUGUCUCGCUCCUCGACCUGAUCAGAACCUGUACAGCUUCAUUUACGACACCGACAGUGAAGAAGACACUGCUAAACCAACUGUCUGCAAGGAUAAUUAAGACCAUGACAUUUUAUUGGAGUUUUUUUUUUUUUUUUUUAAAUCAACCCAGUUUAUAGAGAGAUAUAAUUUUGGUAUAAAGUAUUUU